AUGGGUCGUGUGAUCCGCAAUCAGAGGAAGGGUCGUGGAUCCAUUUUCACGGCCAACACCCGUCUUAACAAGGCUCCUGCCCAGUUCCGUAACCUCGACUUCGCCGAGCGCCAUGGAUAUGUCAGGGGUGUUGUGAAGGACAUCAUCCACGACCCCGGCCGUGGUGCUCCUCUCGCAAAGGUCCAGUUCCGUCACCCUUACAAGUUCAAGAUGGUCACCGAGACCUUCAUUGCCAACGAGGGCAUGUACACUGGCCAGUUCAUCUACGCCGGAAAGAACGCCGCUCUGACCGUCGGCAACAUCCUCCCCCUCGCCUCCGUCCCUGAGGGUACCGUUAUCACCAACGUCGAGGAGAAGGCUGGUGACCGUGGUGCUCUUGGCCGUACCUCCGGAAACUACGUUACCGUUAUCGGCCACAACCCUGAAGAGGGCAAGACCAGAAUCAAGCUUCCCAGCGGUGCCAAGAAGGUUGUGAAGAGCACUGCCCGUGGUAUGGUUGGUAUCGUUGCUGGUGGUGGCCGUACCGACAAGCCCCUGCUCAAGGCUUCUCGUGCCAAGCACAAGUUCGCUGUCAAGCGCAACUCUUGGCCCAAGACUCGUGGUGUUGCCAUGAACCCCGUCGACCAUCCUCACGGUGGUGGUAACCACCAGCAUAUCGGUAAGGCCUCGACCAUCUCCCGCUACGCCGCCCAAGGUCAAAAAGCCGGUCUUAUUGCUGCCCGGAGAACUGGUCUGCUCCGCGGUACCCAGAAGACCAAGGAUUAA